CUUUACAGCCUGCAAACUGCACCUUUUUUCGUUCCCUCGUAUUCAGGCCUUUUCCGGGAUGAUGAAGAGUCCAGGUGGCACAGCCGAGGCGGGGCGGCGGCGAAGGCGAGCCCACGAGAGGCGUUCUCUCUAAUGAGUCCCGUGCUCAGCUUCCGGUGGCCUGAAGAAACUAAUUUCGAAUCUACACACCUGUGGGGGCAUCUGCAAUUCACCUUUUCUGAAAGUUUUAGCAACAGCUCUGCUUACCGAAGUGGGCAAUCGGUAACACUGCAUACAGAUGUAGGUGAUAUUAAAAUAGAAAUCUUCUGUGAGAGGACACCCAAAGCCUGUGAAAAUUUCCUGGCUCUUUGUGCCAGUAAUUACUACAAUGGCUGUAUAUUUCAUAGAAAUAUAAAGGGCUUCAUGGUUCAAACAGGAGAUCCCACAGGUACUGGAAGAGGAGGUAACAGUAUCUGGGGCAAGAAAUUUGAGGAUGAAUACAGUGAAUAUCUUAAGCACAAUGUUAGAGGUGUUGUAUCUAUGGCUAAUAAUGGCCCAAAUACCAAUGGAUCUCAGUUUUUUAUUACCUAUGGCAAGCAGCCACAUUUGGACAUGAAAUACACAGUAUUUGGAAAGGUAAUAGAUGGUCUGGAGACUCUAGAUGAAUUGGAGAAGUUGCCAGUAAAUGAGAAGACAUACCGACCUCUUAAUGAUGUGCACAUUAAGGAUAUAACUAUUCAUGCCAACCCAUUUGCUCAGUAGCUUUAAUAGACAUGGACAAAUGCUUGCCAAACUCUUUGAGGAACACACCUGUUGUGGUUUACCCAGUUUUAAUUAUGUCAUAGAUUGCAUCAUCCUACUUGUUUACAACUAAGGUCUUCUGAGUUAGUGGUACCAAAAGGAACCAAUUAGCUUUUAUUCCCACUCUUAGAGCAUAUUCUUUACUAUAACUAUUAUCCAAUGUAUUUUAGUUUUUUUUUAAAAAAUUCUGUUUAAUUUUUGUUACAUAAAAACAUUCAUUUUUAAAUGCUGAGCCUCAAAUCAGUCAUUUUGAGCGCCGUAAUUAUAAACUCCUACUAUAUCUAGUCCACAUCGUGAAGUAUUAUUUUCCAUUCGUUGUUCACUUUGUGCAGUUAGAAAGAGGAAGGACAAGAUAAAGAGAGGGUCUAGAAAGGCCAGCCAAUACAUUUGCUAUUUUAUUUGGUGUUCGGAUUUAUAAUAAAGGCUGAGAUAUCCUAGACUCCAGUAAACACACAGAAUUUCCCAACUGAUUUGCCCAUGGAACAUUUUUUUAAAGCAUAUCUUUUAAAAUAUUGCACAAUAAAGCUCUACAGAUGAUCCAUUUGAAAAAUGCAAUAAGUUUGUUAAGAAUACCAUUUGUAGAGUCCUGGUAUAUGUUUGAAUCAUAGCUCUGUACCCUAGUAGUAGCUUUAGGCAAAUUAACAUCUCUAAGGUUUAGUUUUCUCAUUCAUAAAUAAUUCCCCCAUAGACUAUUGUGAAAAUUGAAAAAAAAAAUAAUGUGUGUAAAGUUUCUGGCAUGUACUGAGUGUUCUGUAUUAAGUAAAUGGAAGCUGCUCUGCUAACAUUUCACCUUGACCAGAGGGCUCUUACCUAACCAGGGCAUUUAUCAGACUCUACCAUUGAGUUGAUCAAGGACCAUGUUCCACUUACUGCCUAGGUUACCUUAAAUUUUGGGUAUUCCUAAAACCAAACAUAUUUUGGUUUGUGUCAUUUUUGCAGAUGGCUUAUUUAAAUGUUUUGGGUUUUUUCUUUAGAGUUUGAGAGUUAACUUGUAGCUGUCCUCUUGUUACCAUUUACACAUACAUUCCACUAAACUGAAGUGCCAAUUAUACUAAUGUCUCAUAUUUUGUUUCAGCCUUGUAAUUAUUUUGGUUUCCAGAAUUAGUAUUAAAGGCCAUUUUAGGCCAGAGUUUGUUUUGCCACUUCUAAUCCCUGAUAUCUUCUCCAAACAUGUCAUUGAAGUUUUUGUCAUCACUUUUAAAAGGCUUUUCCUGAUUCUGCACUGACUGGCAUUCUCUCAAUUUUUAUUCUAAAUCCUGCCAUUUUUAAAAGUAGUGUCAAUAUGGUCAUUUUUGGGUUAUUAGAGCUCAUUCUUAUAAAGUCAGCUCAGUUAUACCCAUAAGGAUCUCAUACAU